AUGUGCUCCUACACCUACUCGUGGUACUACUGCAACCACGAUUACUACAUCUGGGCCGACUCGAUCGAAAUCUGCCCCAACCGCCUGCUGUCCGGAUACUCGUACGACGCCUGGAGCAUCGACAUGUGCAAGAACAUGAAGGUCACGUGUGGUGGCUUCUCGAAUUAUUACUGCAGCGAUUGCUCCGAGGACGUGGCGCUCGAGUUUGAGUUGGAUGAGCUGUAG